CGGGAUCGGCCCGGGGCGCCCCCUGGUGGGGCGCGGGCGGCAGCCGUUCCCGCAGGCCUGCUCGCGCCCGGCCGGCCGCUGUUACGCAAUGGAAAUUGCGAAAGCUCCGCCCGCCCUGCCGGCCCUCUUAGGGAGAAUGCGGUCUCUUUGGUGGAUUUUUUUUUUUUUUUUAAUCUUUGAGUACUGGUUUUUCGGUCGAUGUCUUUUAGAAUGGAUAGAUGUGAUUUUCUCCUCAAUCUUGAGAAAUUUGCCCAGCAGCUUCGGAAACCUUAAAGCAUAAAACCUUUUCAAUUUCAAUGUUUACUUGAAACGGGGCAUUUUGCUUCGAAAAGUUAAAAAUGUCACUUAAUUUCAGGCAGUUUUCCUAAUUAAGAUUUGUUCAUUGAAGAGUUCUUUGUCUAGCUUUUGUUCUGGCUCACUUUACAGUCGAGGACACUGAAGCCCAGGAAAGUUUCUUUACCUAUGUAGCUCUUUCCCAAUAUGUAGAUUUCCUGAGUGAUUUCUGCCAAAUGACCUUGUUUUAUUAUUAGUGUAAGAUUAGAUUGAAAGAUGUAUUUGGAAGAACUUCACAGGUUUUGGAAGGAUAUUUGUAGUAUUGAUUUACUAUCUGAAUUUAGCCUGUGUAACGGAAAACGACCUGUAGAACAAGAACCAAGUACACGGGAAGCCACCUUGCAGUGGGCAAGACUGGGUUUGGCUUCAGCUGUGCAACUUGGAGCAUUUUAGCUUGGUAACAUUGAUCCCCUUUCAGGUGAGUAUUGGCCCUGCAAUUUGGAUUUGAGUAAGAAAUUGUAGUGUUUGCUGCUGGUAAGGUAAAACCAUCAGAUAUUCCAAAUCAAAAUUCCAUACCAAGUUUAUUCAGAAUAUACCAUAAAAUCACACACUUGACAGUCUGCUGAGGAGUUAGAAAAGAAUGUUAAUGGAGACACUUGGGUAGUGAGGACUUGGCGAUAACUUCAUUAAGAAACUGCUUCUAAUAUUGGAUCUUCUUGGGAAUGUAUUCAGGGAAUAAGAAAGUUUGGUCAUGGGAGAAUAAUUGCUUCAUUACUGCUAGAGACACACUGGGAGUUAGUAAUACCUUGGUCAUUCUGGGCUUUGCAAAUGAUCUGCUUUGUAGUGGGGGUGUGAAUGGGCAUUUCAUCUGUAUCACCCAGCGGUGGUUUUUAGUUUUAAAUUCUGUAUUAACGGUUGUUUUCUUUCCAGACUGCAAAAUUCAAAAUGGGGCUCAAGGUAUUCGUUUCAUCUACACCAGAGAAGGCAGACCGAGUGGCGAGGCUUUUGUUGAACUUGAAUCAGAAGAUGAAGUCAAAUUGGCCCUGAAAAAAGACAGAGAAACUAUGGGACACAGAUAUGUUGAAGUAUUCAAGUCAAACAACGUUGAAAUGGAUUGGGUGUUGAAGCAUACUGGUCCAAAUAGUCCUGACACGGCCAAUGAUGGCUUUGUACGGCUUAGAGGACUCCCCUUUGGAUGUAGCAAGGAAGAAAUUGUUCAGUUCUUCUCAGGGUUGGAAAUCGUGCCAAAUGGGAUAACAUUGCCGGUGGACUUCCAGGGGAGGAGUACGGGGGAGGCCUUCGUGCAGUUUGCUUCACAGGAAAUAGCUGAAAAGGCUCUAAAGAAACACAAGGAAAGAAUAGGGCACAGGUAUAUCGAAAUCUUUAAGAGCAGUCGUGCUGAAGUUAGAACUCACUAUGAUCCUCCACGAAAACUUAUGGCCAUGCAGCGACCAGGUCCCUAUGACAGACCUGGGGCUGGCAGAGGGUAUAACAGCAUUGGCAGGGGAGCUGGCUUUGAAAGGAUGAGGCGUGGUGCUUAUGGUGGAGGCUAUGGAGGCUAUGAUGAUUAUAAUGGCUAUAAUGAUGGCUAUGGAUUUGGAUCAGAUAGAUUUGGAAGAGACCUCAAUUACUGUUUUUCAGGAAUGUCAGAUCACAGAUACGGGGAUGGUGGCUCUACUUUCCAGAGCACAACAGGACACUGUGUACACAUGCGGGGAUUACCUUACAGAGCUACUGAGAAUGACAUUUAUAAUUUUUUUUCACCACUCAACCCUGUGAGAGUACAUAUUGAAAUUGGUCCUGAUGGCAGAGUAACUGGUGAAGCAGAUGUGGAGUUUGCAACUCAUGAAGAUGCAGUGGCAGCUAUGUCAAAAGACAAAGCAAAUAUGCAACACAGAUAUGUAGAACUCUUCUUGAAUUCUACAGCAGGAGCAAGCGGUGGUGCUUACGAACACAGAUAUGUAGAACUCUUCUUGAAUUCUACAGCAGGAGCAAGCGGUGGUGCUUAUGGUAGCCAAAUGAUGGGAGGCAUGGGCUUGUCAAACCAGUCCAGUUAUGGUGGCCCAGCCAGCCAGCAGCUGAGUGGUGGUUAUGGAGGCGGUUAUGGUGGCCAGAGCAGCAUGAGUGGAUAUGACCAAGUUUUACAGGAAAACUCCAGUGAUUUUCAAUCAAACAUUGCAUAGGCAGCCAAGGAACAGUGAACAGCAGCUACUACAGUAGUGGAAGCCGAGCAUCUAUGGGAGUGAACGGAAUGGGAGGGAUGUCUAGCAUGUCCAGUAUGAGUGGUGGAUGGGGAAUGUAAUUGGUCCUGAUCACUGACUCUUAGUCGACAUUUUUAAAAAGAAAAACAACUUAAGUUUUAACAGUUUUGCAAUACAAGCUUGUGAUUUAUGCUUACUCUAAGUGGGAAUCAGGAUUGUUUUAAAGACUUAAGGUUCAGUAUUUUUGAACACAAACAUUCAUCUAGGAUGUAACAACUAAGUUGAGUAAACUAUAACUGUUAAAUAAUUUUCAGCUUUUCUCAAGUUAGUUAUAUUGUAGGAUGUACUUAAGCAGUAAGUGUAUUUAGGUUAAAGCAGUUGAAUUAUGUUAAAUGUUGCUCUUAUACCACAUUACAUUGAACACUGUUUGAGUGCAUGUUGAAAGACAUGCUUUUUUGUAAAACUCAAUAUAGGAGCUGUGUCUACAAUUAAAAGUGAAACAUUUGGCAUGUUUGUUAAUUCUAGUUUUCAUUUAAUAACCUCUAAGGCACGUAAGUUUAAGCUUUUUUUUUUUAAGUUAAUGGGGAAAAUUUGAGACGCAAUACCAAUACUUUAGGAUUCUGGUCUUGGUGUUUGUAUGAAAUUCUGAGGCCUUGAUUUAAAUCUUUCAUUGUAUUGUGAUUUCCUUUUAGGUGUAUUGCGCUAAGUGAACUUGUCAAAUAAAUCUUCCUUUUAAAAACUGCA